UGGCGUUUCCAGCAUCAGUCAUCGAACAUCUCAAGCUUGCUGAUUCCAGAGAGAGAAAGACGCUAUAGUAUUGAGAGGAUCGGAUUAAAAGUGCAACCGGUUGACAUGGACUGACCACAGAAAACUUGAAGCCCAGGACCAGCUACACUGAAAAACACCUUACAGUAACAGGCAAGGAUUGGACGAUCAAAGUAAACAACAAACUUGCUGGACUGAAUAACUAACAUGGGAAAAGACAAAUGUUUGGAUACAGCUGGGAAAAAAUUGUUGGCAAAGAUCUUUGUGAAACCUGGCUUGAGCGUGUGCCGAAAAUCCCUGUUACACAGAAAAUAUGAAAAAAAGUCAUGAUCUUGAAAUAUUGAUCUUUCUCAAGCUAUUUUCAGUGUCAGUGAAUACAUGUGCCAACCGGAUAAAGGUGUUUUUUUUGUUUUGUUUUUUUGUCUGUUGCAAACCUGUUACUGAACUAUUAUAAUUCUACUGCAUGGCUGCUAUCCACAUCCGUUCCCACAGUUACCAAAUGGCAAGGAGAGGUUUCACACUACAGUAUCAAGAUAUUGACAUUAUCUUAAUGAAACUUACUUGAGUUGCUAUUUUGGUGGAGUAUUUUUGCCUCUUGGCUAAUUUUGUGAUAACACUAAACCUUCAUUCAUCGAUUUUUUUUUUAACAGAGAUCUUUGGAUCUAGUGCCAAACCACAUAGUGGCUUUUGUGACACCGUUUCUGUGAAUGAUUGUGCAGCUGCUGCAUUUCCCAUCUUCACUUUGUUUUUACGUUUUAACUCAAACAGCAAAUUGAAUCUCCUGGCUUUCUAAAUAUCGCUUACGACAUUGGCUGGGGCUUCCUAUAUUGCUGCUACAGAUGUGACUUUAGAUUUCUAAUACUAAGCAUUCCAGUUUGCUAUUUGGAUCCUUUUUAUAAGAAGGGUUGCUAAUAACAGUAUUUGGAAAAAAUCUAGACACAAAAAUGCAGAACUUUCCCAACAGUCCAGUUCCUCUUCAUCCGGGGUUUAGCCGAGGAGGAAGUGUCGUCGGUUCCACGUAUCAACCCCACCCUUCAGACCUUCAGAUAUCUCCCAGAAACUCAGAGGACUAUGUGGCCAUACAGCAAGCUCAACCUACCCUGCAGAGCCAUGCGCUGCACCUGCGGAGCCAACAGCAUCUUCUACACACUCCUCCUAUACAUGGCUAUGGAUCCAGAAGAACAACUGGAGAAAUGAUGCAGGGGAGCGCUCACAGUGGUGGAGGAGGAAACUCUUACCGUAAGGACAGUGUGGAUUAUUAUUUUUCAGUGAGUGGACGAGAAAGAAGCAGAAGAGGCGGAGCAGCGUAUGGCGCGGGAUUUAGAUACUCAAACGUGGAUGGACAUGUGCCUCAUCAGUACCACUUAUCUGGUUCAGGGUCAUCCUCUGGAAUGAUUUCUCCCUACUCUAUGGAUUACGGCUCCGGCAGUGCGUCUGCAGUUGGGGGUAGUAAUAGCAGUGGCGCUGGUUCUUUUUCUCCUUCCCAGCAAUACAGUCUGUCUCAUACUGCUUCAGUACAAUCAGGUGCUCAGAUGCAUCAACUGCAGCAUGGUCAGAAAUAUCAAGGUCAGCAUCAGCGGACAUACCCGCUUUCUGGAAACCGAAUAGCCCCUCAGUUUGGACACUACGCCCCCCUUAAUGCAACCUCAGGCUCUACUGGAAUGUAUAACUCUUCACCGCAAAGAUACGACAUGAGCAGCAGCAACACGGAUGCCAAAAUGAAAAACUCUCCCACUCAGUCUAAUCCAAAUAUUAAUACAAGUUUGUCUGCUUCAAAUAGCUGUGAGAAUAUGGGACAAAGCUACACAUCGUCGGCAUAUUCGCCACAAUCUCAGUCCAUUCACAAGCAUGCUCCCCAUUCCCAGCGUCCCUCUCAGCUCAGCACUGGAGCAGGACACUUGCACACUAAACUGCCCCAUUCCGCUGUGUCCUCCAGCCCUGCUCUGCCUUCACACCCCUCUCAAGACCUCGCCAAAUCUCCUUUGCACUCUCAAAGUCAGCAGGCUCACAUUCAUCAGAACUUCAGUCCCAUAUCUAAUCCCUCUCCUGCUCCGUCUGCAGUACAGUCUCCAAGCUGCAGCUCCUCUUCGUCUCCACUAAUGGGGAGUUCUGAAGGAAACAAUGCCGCUAUUCAUCUGCAGCCAUCAUCACACCCCUCUGUUCCAAAUGCUCGCAGCAGCCAAAGCCAUGGACGUCUUCUGCAGGCCGUACCUCAGCUGAGCCCCACUCCCAAUUCAAAUAGCAGCAUCAGUAGUUGUGGUAGCGGCGUAGGCACUAAAGCAGCUGUUUUGAACCAUGGUGCAGGGGUCAGUCAUCCUGCCGUGAAUCAGAACCGAAUGGGACUAAGUCUUCGGGGCGGUCUAGGGGAAGAUGGCUCCCUGUACGCUCAUGACAAACUCUUGCAGGACCCUGGCAUAAAUAGUCUAAAUGCUCUGACCUCUCAAGUGGAGAAUCUACCUAAUACAGUGCAGCACAUGCUUCUAACAGACACUGUGCUGCUCCAGAAGAAGAGCAGAGACGGUGCCCAUCACCUCCAGAUGCAGCAAGGAUCUCAGUCUUUUCCUGGCAACCAAAACAAAUCUGGAAAUUCCAGCGCCAGCGGUCAGACUUCAGUGAAUGAAGAGAGUUCUGAGAUGCUGGAAGCAAAAGGGGAUCAACAAGUAGAACGUAAGAGAAUUAGACAGGCAAGUGGAACAAGCAACGAAUCUGAGCCACAAAGCCACCCAUCAUCACAGAGUCAGAUGCCGUCGGAAGCAAGUCAACAGGUAUUGGAUCUCCAGGUCAACACUGGAGUCAUUUCAACAGCUUCAAAACAACCGUCUCAAACAAAGACACCAGAAACCCUGACUCCCUCCUCUUCUUCACCACCAUCAAUUCAUGCUUCUGCAGAAGCCAGCCCAAAACAACCAGUAUAUCCCCCUGCUUCGCCAUCUCCUAUUCACACAGCACGUCCAAACUGUGUGGCAGAAAAAGACCUUUGUAAUGAUGAUGAUAGUGGAACGAAGGGAUGCCAGAUCAAAAUGAUAAAAGAUGAAGAAAGUGAAGUUGAAAAUGCAGAUCCUUCCUGUGAUAGAGAGAAUUCAGAGAACAGACUGUCAGUCCCUUCCACAAAGGAUGAAGUAGAGACCGAUGCACAGCAAUUUGAAAGUCUGAGUAAAAAUGUGAAUAUUUCAGAGCAACAUAAUGUUGGGGGUGUUGGAGUUAUUGUCUCUGCUCGAUCUGAAGUGAAUACUGAAUCCAGGAGCACAGGAGCCAAAUCUCCACGUUAUGGUGUUUCUCAUUACUCAAACAAACACAGCAAUCCUGGGGACCAACGUGAUGUGAAUGUCUUAAGAGAGACUAGAAAUCACAAUGGAGAAGGGAAGAUGUGCAUGGAAACAUACGUGUCACAGUAUGAUAGUUCCCCUAAACAAGAAUUUGGCCAAAACUCUCAACCCUCUAUUCAGUCUCACCCGGCAUCGUUUAAAUACAGUAAUCCUGAGGUACAUUAUAAUGCUGCAAAGAGCAAAGGAAAGUUAGGACUAGUUAGUAGUAUGGGCACAAAUAGAUGCCAGAAUUUUCAGCUGCAGGCCAGCUAUGGGUCUAUUGACAGGAAGGAGAUUGGUGUUUUUGCUAUGGAAGGGGGGAGGGCUAUCGUCUCAAGAAGUCAGGAUAGCAGUUCUCAGUUUCAGCAAUCGUUUCCAAGUCUUUUGCAAGAAGUGCUCCAGGGUCAUCACUUAGAUAGACGCUAUGGCCGUCCCGACCAGACAUCUAAUGUUCACCAACAGCCUCAAGAUACAUCGCAGCACUGUUAUCAAACUAGACUACCUUACAGUAUGGUUGAAAAUUUGAGUUCACAUGCAAUGGGCUCUCAAACACUUUUAAGUGGACUUAAUGUCAAGUUCAGUCAAAUGGCCUCUGGGAAACCACCAAAUUCAAGUCAAAAUCAGGGACCAGAUAAUGAUAUUGUGUUAGGCCCUCCUCAUCCCUCUUGGGAUUCUGAAGCACAUAAGCCCAAUGUGACUCAUGGGAUCUCUUUAGAAAAAGGCAAAACCAGUCUGUCUCCCAACCAGUCCUCCCACAUGCAGCAGUCUUUAGAUCUCACAACAGGAGUCCCUUCAAAGCACAUUAACUUGGCUGACUAUUCUUUGCAGCACAGAAAACCAUCCAGAUAUGGUGCCUCUUCUUCUGCUGUGGAACAAUUGCUUUUACAGGAAGCUGAGCCAUUGGCAUGCGGUGUAGGUCCUAUCAAUCACACUCAAUCUCAGACAUCCUCAGGAAGGCGCUCAGUAAUCUGCGAUGUGUCCCCUUCUCGGCGAACAACACCUGAAAGAGAGAGAGGACACUCCGGGACCUCUGGACCCUCUGUCAUUCAGCAGCCAUUUUCUGCAUCUGGAUCAAAUGAACUAAAAUGUUGCAAGGAAGAAAGAAAAGCAAAGAAAGCACAAAACAAGGAGGACUCGUCAAAGACUGAAACUGCAGGACAGAAAACAGAUGGUUACUGCAGCACACCACCCAGUAAGGAAUCUAAUAAGCCCCUUCAUCCCCCUGUAGAUGUUGAUUUCGAUACAGAAAAGACCAGCAGUGCCAAAGGCAACAGUGAAGCCACCAGCAACUUGCCAUAUCUUUUGCAAAUGUCCUCAAAUCCCUUGUCCUCACCACCAAGACACCAGUCUUUCUCAUCGGCUGUUGACGGUUUCAGAGCAUAUGGUUUCAGUGACACCAUGGAUGGACCAAAAAUGAUCUCCCUUCCUUCACCUCACCAACCAUUCCAGACAGUAUCAGCGUAUUCUAAAAAAGUGUUUCCACAGAGUUUACCUCCUCACGAGAGACCCGACUGGACUCCUGACAGACAAAGGCUAAGAGGUAUGGAUAGGCACGUUCCUCAGAGACUUUCUGAACAGAAGUGUAAAUCCCAAACUUCAAGUGAUAUUCUGCCUAGUCAGCAUCACCUAUCUCGACAGCAAUCUUAUCCCGCUUCACACUUUGACAUGAAAAUGUGGGACACUUGUCCUGAAAGAGAGGGAGCUGGACAGCCCACUACAGUUCCUCAUGAGCAUGUAGGUUCUCAGCCAGUCACAAAUGCUGGCCCCAAACUUGGAGAAGAGGACAUUUCAGAUAAGAGUGCGGCUGACACGGCCAAAUCUUUCCGCUCACUGGCUCCAGUUGAUGUUAUUAGCCCUGCUGGGCACACUGGUAAGACUAACCAAGGGAUUCAGCAGGGGCAGAGAGCAACCAAAACUGGCACAUCGGCUGAAACCAACCCUUUAAUCAUGAGAAGGAGAGUUAGAUCAUUUAUUUCUCCUAUUCCAGCAAAGAGGCAGCAUCAGGAUGUUCCAGGUCAGCGACCAGGAUUAGCUCAUCACUCCCCACUAUCUCAAUCCCACACUGAUUCGAGACUUGCAACCAAAAAUUGUUCUGGCAGUACUGAUACGCAGCCAAAAUUGCCAUCUCCCAAAACACAGUAUUCUGUAUCCAGCACUAAUUCACCUUCUCAGUCCAAAGCAAAGUUUCUGCCCCCAAGAAAGGGUCAUGGUCUAAAACUUGAGGCGAUUGUGCGAAAAAUUACUCCUGGUGUGAAAAAAAAUGACUUCAACAACAGUCACGUGGAAUCUGACUUCUCUGAGGUAUCUCAUUACACCUCUGAUAUGCCAGACCCUGAGGGAGGUACAUCGUUUUCUAGUGUUCCUCAAGGAGAGGAGGCAUGCUUAUCUUACCUUGAUGAUUCUCAUACUUUAGAUGAUCUCUUGCCAUACAGAGCAGUUAAAGAUGCAUUCUCCUGUGAUUCUCAGACCCUCAAACCAGGUGCAACAGCUUCUAGUACUAGUGCCCUCAGGAAUUUGCCAAAAGAUUUUGACUUUGGAUUAGGUGCUGCUGGAUCUUCAGUGUCAUUGGGUGAAAGCGAUAAGGAUGAUUUUACUUUGUUGGGACCCCUUCCACCAGCUCCUCCAUUACCUUGUCCUGUACAGGGAUCCCCUCCAUCUUCUUCUGCGUUGUCUGACAUACAGCAAUUCACAAACACUUAUCAACAGCUGGAAACCCGACGAGGUGAGCAGUCGGCUGCUAACUUGCUGAGGCAGAAACUUCAAGAGACUGGCAUGGGCUUUGAUGAUUACCCAGGUGGGGAUUACUAUGGGAGCACCACUGGCCAUAGUCAGAGCCCUGGGCACCACCUUCUGUCCAGAGCUGCUCAGCACCAGAUGACUUCUCUCAGGUCAACCAGUUCAGAGCCUAAAACAUCAGAAAACACUGUCCCCAAAGGUUAUUUUCCAUCAGGUAAGAAAAAAGGUCGCCCAGUGGGCAGUGUGAAUAAGCAGAAACGUGCCCAAGCACAAAUUCAGAAUGCAGCAACAAGCAUACCUGCAGCUUCUCUUCCCUCACCCACAGCUGAACCUCAGUCUGUCCCGAUCCCAGACACUGAAAGUGAAGUACCCCAAGUAUCAACACCACCAGACCAGAAACCCUGUCCAUCUUUGACACCACCUGCUCAAACCCAGGUUGUGAAAUUGGAUGUCGAGAGUGAGGAGACCCAGCCGGAGUUAGAUGUGAAGCCUGCUAGACAUAGACCGAAAAAGGGGAAAGAGGACAAUGAGACUCCUGGCGAUCAGAGAAGGAGAAGAAGAGGGAUGGCUUCCAAAGAGAAGCUGGACACUCAGGCAAGCAGUAGGGGAACUGUCAGUCCAUGUGGAAUAUUCUCAGAUGCCAGGAGUAAUGUUUUUGCUCCUUACAUACAUGUAGAGAAAAAGAUAGCAGAAAUUGGGGAUGUCUGUACAAUCAUUAAUGCAGAUGAUGAAAAAUCAAAAGGUGUAGACAAAGCUGGUUACUCGGCGGUUGAUGGCCCAUUAAAUACCCCUCUGUCAUCUCAACUUGUGAGAAAAGAAAAGGAAAAUGAAAGAACAAAAGAAAACUGGGUUUCAGAGCCAGUUGAUUCUGCCUUGCAGUCAGGGAAGACACUUCCUACGUCUGGAUAUGUUCUGUCAGGACCUGUGAUAUCAGAGACUGGACACGCUGGUCACCUCUUAUGCUGCCUUUGCCAGAAAUGGGCCAACUACAAACAUCUCGGAGAUCUCUAUGGUCCUUUUUACCCAGCUGAGUAUGCAGCCAAGCUCCCUAAGAAUCAACCUCAAGUCCGACAAACCUUGUCCUACCAUGGGGCAGCUACCACAGGUUUCAGUAUGACAUCCAUUCCGACAGAAACGACUCCCCUGGAUAUGAGAUUACAGGACCCUCAGAAUGUCAAGUCAUCUACAGAUAGCGAUUGCACAGGAAGUCAGGCAACAAAUCCAACAUCCCCAGCCACCACCAUUGGCACUGUUUCUCCCAGCAUGGGUGAAGAAAUGCCUUUCCAGAACGUUAAGAUGAGCAGCUCCACCUCAAAGGUAACGGCUCAAACCUGGGAUCCGGCUGGAGAACUGACAAGCGGGCUGGGCACAUCAAAAGCUCAAGAACUGGAUGGUGAAAUCAUACUGAAGCAGUUGCACAUCGAAAAUACACAGCAACGGCCCCAGCACAGAAAACUGACAUCCCAUCCACGCUUCAAACGAAGACAUAAGUCCAGUGAAGAUUUACCUCGAACUGUCCCCAUCAACAGCAAAGCCUCCCUGCCCUUCCAGCCUCCCCCACCCAGCCUGGACUCUCUGCAUCCCAUGGCCCAACUGACCCAGCUCCCACUCGUUCCUCUGGACCCCGAGGAGCUGUGGGUGCAUGAGGGCUGCAUCGUUUGGACCAGUGGCGUAUACCUGGUCAAUGGGAGACUGUAUGGCCUUCAAGAGGCACUAGAUGGUGCUAGAGAUACAAGCUGCUCUCAUUGUGGGACGGUGGGCUCCACGCUUGGCUGUUACAGUAAAGGCUGCACGCUCAGCUACCACUACCUUUGUGCCAUAGAAGCAGAUUGCUCUCUAAAUGAAGACAACUUUUCUCUGAGGUGUCCAAAGCACAAGGCCUGGAGCGGCGUCGCUGGAGCAGUGGGAGCGAGGACGAGCGCGCCCUCGGAGAGUCCCGCACACAUCAGACGUGAGUGCGCACCUCUCUCUGCAGACUCCCUCGCUGCGGUCCAGCGCUGUAAUCAAACCCUGUGCUGUGCUUCGCUCCAGCAGAGACUGUGCCGGGUCGGCCGAGCCGGACGCCAUCCCUGGACGCAGAGCUCAGAGACUUUCUCUAAAGAACACUAAUCACUGGCUUCUGUGGAGCACAGAGAGAGACCGCCGUCAUCUGUGACGCAGAGCUGAACGAGAGGACUGUGUUUACACCAGUUACAUGUAGUACUUUAUCAUAACCCGUAUUAUCAUUAUUUUAAACCUCGCUAUUGUUUUAAUCAGUAUUUUACCCUUAGAGUGAGUGUGUUUUCCGCACCAGGACCAGCCGUUAUGACAUCACCGCCGUUGCCACAGAGACGCUGUUGUCAUGGCGACGCACAAAUACUGCCUUCGAAGGUGUGCCUGUGUGUGUGUGUGUGUGUGUGUGUGUUUGAUAAGUGUUCUUAUUGUCCGAGGGUUUUGUGCUGUACAUGAGGGAGAGGACAUGCAUUGUGUUGGACAGGAAGAAAGCGCUCGCUCGUGAAGGGCUCGACCGAGAGACACACAUUCCUGCAGCGUUCGAGCAGAACUCCAUCAACAGAACAAUGGCUGUCAUUAUGAAAACAUGUACUAGAAAACUGUCAAUAUGCUUCUGACUCAUGAAUACAGUUAUACAAUGUCUUUCUCA